AUGGAAGUAACACCAACUCCACCACCACCUGGCUGGCUAUCCGCUCGUCGGGGUCGGCCCCGAGCUCACGUCCCACCCCAGCCUCGGGGUGGUGACACCCGCCGUGGGGUUGAAGAACCAACAGCGACAGCUCCACAGCCACAGAUACCAGUCGAGCAAGCGGGGGAGGUGAGGCCUGUCAAUUCCCAAAAUUAUAUCAGCCUAGAGGAUAGGCGAGCCUUAGUUCGCCACACUGAGGCUCGAUUGCGAGUCGACCCUCCUCUGCAGUGGUUUUUAAUCCCCUCGGCGGUGGGAGCGAUACCAUUGACGCCAGCUCCGGGGUCGAUCCCACCACCACCACCACCAACCGCACCACCCACACCAGCACCAGCACCAGCGUCAUCAACAACAGCCGACCCACCACCAACCAACCCACCAUCACCUGAGAGCGGUGCAGCCUACCCUGCAUCCGUCGACCCCAUCGACGAGACCACUUUUGAAGUGACGAGUAGCAAGAAGACCAUUCGCUACAAUCUCCCCUAG